AUUACAGUACAGUUUAAAAUCAACAUCGUUAUUUUGUGUAUUGCACUGUAUUGCGCAAUUCAGUCACAGUGUAAAUCCUAUCUUCUUCAUGUUGAUAAAGUAUAGUUUCACAAUCAUGGAGGUCAACAUUGUAGAAGGGAUAUUAUCAGAUUUUCAGGCUGAUGUGAUAGUUAACAGUACCAACCCGGCUCUUAUGUUGGAUCUUGGAGGGUUGUCACAGUCUUUAUCCAGGAAGGCCGGUCCUGACUUGCAGAAAGAAUGUUCCCAAUCAUAUCCUAACGGAAUAUCAUUUGGUGAAGUUGUGUCAACCAAUGGAUAUGGUCUGCACUGCCAGAGAGUUUACCACGUGUCAGUAUGCGCGUGGGAUUCUGAGUUUGCUGAUGCCCAAUCGAUAUUAAAUGAAGUGACGACUGGAUGUCUUAGAAAGGCACAUGAGGACAGAAUGACGUCUAUAGCAUUUCCGACACUGGGUUGUGGAUUUCUGAGCCAUCCUCCCGAUAUCGUGGCAAACAUCAUGAAACGAUGUAUUGCACAAUUUGAAGAAACAUUUCCAGAUACAACAUUAAAACAAGUGUUUUUUGUCGUGUUCACCAAAGCAAGAGACUGGGAACAUGUUACAAAAGCAUUUCAUCUCGUGUUCGUAAAUAAGGAUAGAGCUGUAACUACAAUGAACGCCAAACCUCCAUUGAACAAACCUUACAGUAUUCCUUCAGAUGUUUCACAAACUUGUAUUCGUGAAAUGAAAAAUAACUCGUGCGUGAAAGUGCUGUUUUGUGGUCACCAAUGUGCAGGGUAUCGGGAUGAGCCCCAGUGUCCGCCCUGUAUGGAAAAGGACUGUAUACACAAAGGUCAUGGUCAGACAGGGGAUGAUAAUUGUGCCGUCUGCUACACGGACCCACUCAGGGCUGCACCUUGUAUCUUAUUGAAUUGUGGGCACAAAUAUCACCUUCACUGUGUAAAGAGAAUUCUCGAGAAUAAAUGGGUAGGACCGAGGAUAACUUUCAAUUUUAUUCUCUGUCCAAUGUGUAAGCAACCCAUGGAACACCCAGAGCUCCAGUCACUUUUAAAUCCAAUUCACGAACUUUACGAGGAAGUUAAACGAAAAGCCUUGACAAGAUUACAGUAUGAAGGCCUGGAGAAAUCAGACCAGAUUAUCAACAGUGCUAGCCCGUACUACAAUAAUCCGGAACAGUUUGCCAUGGAUAGAUACUGCUACUAUUCCUGUUUUAAAUGCAAGAGAUCCUUUUUUGGAGGCGCGGCGCAAUGUGAAGAUGGUGCGGAUGACGUGAAUCUAAAACCGGAGGAGAUGAUUUGUCUCGCAUGUAGUGGACUACAGGGAGUGCAGAACUGUAAUAUCCAUGGUACAGACUUUAUAGAGUAUAAAUGCCGGUAUUGCUGCACGGUUGCCCUGUUCCACUGUUUUGGUACGACUCAUUUUUGUAACGAAUGUCACAAUAACCCUCAUGGAGUGGCACAAAUGGGUGACAACUUGCCAAAAUGUCCUGCUGGUCCAAACGGAAAACAACUCACAGGGGACUGUCCACUGGGGAUUGAACAUGCGCCAAACGGAUCCGAAUUUUGUUUAGGUUGUGGCCUCUGCUCUAACUUACAAUCCUUCGCUGAUGUGAUAGUUAACAGUACAAACCCGGCUCUGAUGUUGGAUCUUGGAGGGUUGUCACAAUCUUUAUCCAGGAAGGCCGGUCCUGACUUGCAGAAAGAAUGUUCCCAAGCAUAUCCUAACGGAAUAUUAUUUUGUGAAGUUGUGUCAACCAAUGGAUAUGGUCUGCACUGCCAGAAAGUUUAUCACGUGUCAGUAUGCGCCUGGGAUUCCGAGUUCGCGGAUGCCCAAUGGAUAUUGAGUGAAGUGACGACUGGAUGUCUUAGAAAGGCACAUGAGGACAUUAUGACGUCUAUAGCAUUUCCGACACUGGGUUGUGGAUUUCUGAGCCAUCCUCCCGAUAUCGUUGCAAACAUCAUGAAACAAUAUAUUGCACAAUUUCAAGAAGCAUUCCCAGUUACAACAUUAAAACAAGCAUUUCAUCUAGUGUUCGAAAAUAAGGACAGAUCUGUAACAAGUAUGAACGCCAAACCUCCAUUGAACAAACCUUACAGUCUACCUACAGAUGUUUCACAAACGUGUAUACGUGAAAUGAAAAAUAACUCGUGCGUGAAAGUGCUGUUUUGUGGUCACCAAUGUGCAGGGUAUCGGGAUGAACCCCAGUGUCCACCCUGUAUGGACAAGGACUGUAUACACAAAGGUCAUGGCCAGACAGGGGAUGACAAUUGUGCCGUCUGCUACACGGACCCACUCAGGACUGCACCGUGUAUCUUAUUAAAUUGUGGGCACAAAUAUCACCUUCACUGUGUAAAGAGAAUUCUCGAGAACAAAUGGGUAGGACCGAGGAUAACUUUCAAUUUUAUUCUCUGUCCAAUGUGUAAGCAACCCAUGGAUCACCCAGAACUCCAGUCACUUUUAAAUCCAAUUCACGAACUUUACGAGGAAGUUAAACGUAAAGCCUUGACAAGAUUACAGUAUGAAGGCCUUGAGAAAUCAGACCAGAUUAUCAACAGUGCUAGCCCGUACUACAAUAAUCCGGAACAGUUUGCCAUGGAUAGAUACUGCUACUAUUCCUGUUUUAAAUGCAAGAGAUCCUUUUUUGGAGGCGCGGCGCAAUGUGAAGAUGGAGCAGAUGACGUGAAUCUAAAACCGGAAGAGAUGAUUUGUUCCGCAUGUAGUGGAUUACAGGGAGUGCUGCGUAUUGUCCGGAAAAAAGAGAGAAUUUGGAGAAAGUACAAAGAGCCAGAAAAGUUCAAGCAAUUUAAAGAAGCACGGAAUAGAUACUGUAAAGAAAUUGAUUCUGAGAAAAAACUAGUAAUAAGUGAGAAAAUUCUAAAUGCCAAAGGUGAUUCAAAAAAACUCUAUGGUUUAAUUUCGGAAUUAACUGGUACUAAAGCUGAAAAUCCUAUGCCACAGUCUACAAAUGACGGUGAGCUAGCUGAGAAGUUUGCAGACUUUUUUAUGAACAAAAUAGCUAAAAUUCGUAAAUCACUUCAGGAUUUUCCAAGCUUCAUUCCAAAUGUCAAACAAAUUCAACCUUUAGAAAAUUUCGAGGAUCUUACAGAAACACAGGUGAAGAGCCUUAUUUGUGAACUAAAUACCAAAUCGUGUGAGCUGGACUUAAUACCCACACAUAUAUUAAAGUCACAUCUAGAUGAGCUUCUGCCAACCAUUACCAAACUGGUCAAUCUAUCUCUGUCUAAAGGCGUAUUUCCAACACACUGGAAACAGGCGAUUGUGGAUGUUAUAGUGAACAGUUGUAACCUGGCUUUGAUGUUAGAUCAUGGUGGUGCAUCGAAAUCAUUAGCUAAAAAAGCAGGUCCUGACAUUCAGGUGGAAGUUUCCAAAACAUAUCCUAAUGGAAUUUGUUUCGGGGAUAUUGCAGUAACUAAGGGUUACAAGUUAAACUGCAAGGUGGUUUACCAUGUAGCGUUGCCACCUUGGGACUCCGAAUCAUUUAAUGCUUCAGAGAUAUUAUGUGUGACUGUUUGCGCGUGCCUACAGCGUGCACACGCGGAUAAAAUGACGUCAAUAGCAUUUCCCACGUUAGGUUGUGGAUUCCUCAAUUAUAAUCACGACAACGUUGCACGCACAAUGCAUGAUUGCAUAGCAUCAUUUGAAAGGGAAACGCCCUCUUCAACCUUAAUGCGUUCACUUAUUGUGGUAUGGCCAAAAGGAAAAGACUGGCAACAUAUCAAACAGGUGUUCGAGCAGGAAUUCAGUACAGAACCAGGAGUUGUUGCGAAAAAACAUCACCAGAAUUUGAGACAGUCUUUAUUACAAAGGAAACAAGCACCAAGAGAUUUUUUGUCUACUUGUGUGCGUGAAACAAACCGAAAUUCUUGUAAAAAGGUUUUAGAUUGUGGCCAUAUUUGCGGAGGUUACAAGAAAGAGGUUGUUUGCCCGCCAUGUUUACAGGUAGACUGUGUUAGUAGUGACGGGCACCAGACCUCGGAAGAUGACUGUAUUAUUUGCUACACAGAUCCUCUUGCCGCGGCGCCGAUUAUCAUGCUAAAAUGCGGACAUUUAUUUCACUUACAUUGUGUGAAAAGAAUUGUACAGAAUAGAUGGGUUGGCUCGAAAAUCACUUUCAGCUUUACGAGAUGUCCUAUUUGUAAGGAAUCUAUCGAGCAUCAAGAGUUAGAUAGAUUAUUGGUUCCAAUAAAAGCACUGUACGAUGACGUCAAGCAUAAAGCAAUGUUGAGGUUACAGUAUGAUGGUCUGGAAAAGUGUAAAGAAAUUACAAAUAGAAGUAGCAAGUAUUAUGGUGAUCCCGAACGGUUUGCAAUGGAUAGAUACAUUUACUACCUCUGUUUUAAGUGUAAAAAGGCAUAUUUCGGUGGCACAAUGCGAACAGAAUGCGGCAGUGAAGAAGACCAAUUCAAACCCGAAGAUCUAAUUUGUCCAGAAUGCCGUGGUCCCAGAAAUAGAAAGCAGUUAUCAGAUGCAACUGUUGCAAAGGUUGUACAUUCACGUGAAAAUCGUGCUGCAAACAAAGUCAUUAAAGAAACAACAAAAGCAUGCCCGCAUUGUGGAGCUCAUACAGAGAAAGAUGGUGGAUGUAUGCAUAUGACAUGUAUCAAAUGUAAAAUGGAUUGGUGCUGGCUUUGUGAGAAACACUGGGAAUAUACGUGCCAGAAAAGACAUUGGUUCGGCUAGUAUACAUGCAGCUUUGUGAGAAACACUGGGAAUAUACAAGACAGUUCAAAAAACAUUAUCAUUAAUUAACAACUUUCUAAGAAAACACAGAACUAUCGAUUUGUGUCAAAAUGUCCCAUUUUCAUUACUUUGUUGGUAUUUAUUAUAUGUUGCUGAGAUACAUAGAGGAUAUUCAAGUUUUUUCUAUAAAUACAUGAUUUAUUUUCAUCGAGUGGUAUGAAAAUAAAUAUUUCAUGAGUGGCGGUAGCCACAAGUGAAAUAUGGUAAUUUUCAUGCCACAAGAUGAAAAUAAAUCAUGUAUUUAUAGAAAAAACUUGAAUUUUCUGUUUAUUAUAUACAUUUUUCUCUUUUUUGACAUUAAAAUUUGAAAGACUUUCCCUUAAAUUUUGUGUACAGUGAGUGGCAGAAUUUAAAAGAAAGUAGUCCGGCAAGACACCAGUGAAAAUACGGAAAAUAUGUUUCACUGCAGUAAAAAAUAAAUUUUUACAGUGAAAAUACGGAAAAUGAAAAUACGCAUUUUAUUUCAUCAAUAUUUUUCAAUAUUUCAUAUAUAAGUAUAUAAUAAAGUCAGAUAUAUAAAAUAUGCAAAUUAAAGUUGAAUCAAGUUAUAUGACUGGCAUUUUGAAAGGUAUGCAGGUUAAGAGAUUUUCUGUCACUGAGAGUGACAGAUCCACAUUUUGCGUCUUAGACAUUUAUGUAAAGAAUUGUAAUAAAUAUUUAAGGAUCUUUUA